GACCGUGUCUACUCUGCUGCACACAAAGCAGGAAGCAGACCGCCGAGCUUCGUGUGCGGUUAGCUCGGAGCUAAAGCUAAAAACAGUUUGUUAACAUGUCCAAAAGCCAAACACUGAGAGCUUUGGUGAAUGAGCGGCUGACUGCGGCUGCUGAAGAGAUCUUUGCGCUGUUUGAAAGAACGAUAGCGGAGUAUGAGGAGGAAGUGUGUCGCUCCAAAGAGGAGAACCAGAGGAAACAGGAGCUCCUGGACUCGAUACUGAGCCCCUCAAAGAGUCCUGGCCCCGGUCUGAACCAGGACCCUUCACACACUCCACGGAUUAAAGAGGAGCCACAGGAGCCACAGGAGCUGAGCGUCAAACAGUACAGGAUAGUACAGGUCUCAGUGGGCGUCCCAGAGUCCAGUGCUGUCUGUGUGAGGACAGAAGAGUCCUCGCUGCUUCAACAAAGACAAACUGAGCUCAGAGUUGAAACACAGGGAGAGGACAUCAGCGCAGAGACACAUUUAUACUCAGAGACUGAGGGAGACACAGAGUACUCCUGUGACAUGGGCAGUGAUGAAGACUGGAGAGUUCCACCCAGGUGUUCAGCUGCACAGAUGGAGACAGACGCUGAUGGAGACCACAACAACCAAGUCCAGAAAGGACAAAGGCUGAGGGCUUUAGUGAAUGAGAUCUUUGCGCUGUUUGAAAGCACGAUAGCGGAGUAUGAGGAGGAAGUGUGUCACUCCAAAGAGGAGAACCAGAGGAAACAGGAGCUCCUGGAAUCGACGCUGAGCCCCUCAAAGAGUCCUGGCCCCGGUCUGAACCAGGACCCUCCACAGACUCCACAGAUUAAAGAAGAGCCAGAGGAGCUGAGCAUCAAACAAGAGGAAGACGCACUCCUAGUACAGGAUUUGCAGUGCGUUAUGGCAGGCCAACGAAGAAUUUCAGUCAGGGAAGCCAUUGAGAUGGUUUGCCUUCCACAUGGGGCUUUAUCUGACACAGAAUCCAUUUCAGACGAUGAAAUUGGCGAUCCAGUAUACGAGUCUGACCUUGAUGAUGAUGAGCCACUGGCAGCAAUAGCAAGAGCUAUUUCCAACCACCUUGAUGUUGAAAUUCAUAAUGUACAUGCAGACAGUGACACUGAGCUCCUAGAUGACGAUGAACCUCAGCCAGGCCCAGCUCCAGUAAACAAAGAGUUUUCUUGGAGUCAGAGGAAACCCCCAGCAGCUGACAUAGACUCUUCAUUCCAAGGACCUGCGUUCUCACCUCCACCAGAUGAAAUACCAAGUCCAAAGUGGUAUUUUGAUCAGUUCAUGGACAAAUCCGUGUUCGAAUAUAUUUCUCACCAAUCUAACCUGUAUGCAUUUAUGAAUGGGACAGAACUGAAAACAACCCCAUCUGAAAUGGAGCAAUUCAUUGGUUUACACAUCUUGAUGACCGUAGUGCGUAUGCCAUCGUACCGCCUGUACUGGCAGACGGCAACACGCUACGACCCAAUUGCAACAGUCAUGGGACGUAAGCGAUUUGAUCAUCUGCGAACGUACAUCCACAUGAAUGACAAUACCAAUGUGAAGCAAAAGGGUGAGCCUGGAUACGAUCCAUUGUUCAAGGUGCGACCAGUACUUGAGAAAGUCCGUGCCAACUGUUUGAAAGUUGAACCGGAAGAAAACCACUCCAUUCGUGAGCAGAUGAUCCCCUUCAAAGGAAAGAUUGGAAUAAAACGGUAUAUCAAGAACAAGCCGAAAAAAUGUGGAAUCAAGGUCUUUACUCGUGCAGGUGUCACUGGACUAGUCUAUGACUUUGAAAUAUACACUGGAAAAGGGACUGUGACCAAUGAGCGUGGACUUGGUGUUGCCGGUGAAGUUGUGCUUCGUCUCGUAUCAGAAGUUCCAAAAGGACUAAACUACAAGUGCUACUUUGACAACUGGUUUACUUCCCCUGAACUCAUUGUGGAACUGAAGAAAAUGGGAAUUCUAACAGUUGCUAGUAUCAAUCAUAACCGUCUCUGUGGAUGUACCCUCAAAAGUGACAAGGAACUGUCAAAGGCUGGGCGUGGUGCGUAUGAAGUGAAAUACGAAAUGACAAGUGGGAUGGUCAUUGUGAAGUGGUAUGAUAACAAGGCAGUGUUACUGGUGUCAUCCUUCAUUGGCCCUGAUCCUGUUGAUAGAUGCAGAAGGUGGUCGAAAGAGAAGAAGGAAUAUGUGGUAGUGGACCGACCACACAUUGUCAAGGUGUACAACAACAACAUGGGAGGAGCAGACUUGGCAGACAUGUUUGCAGCUCUCUAUCGCAUUGACAUCCGUCCACGUCGUUGGUAUCUGCGCAUUUUGUUCUACUUGAUUGACCUAUCACUGGUCAAUGGCUGGCUCCUCUACCGCCGUCAUCUCACCCAGAAGCAGGAGAAGAAGUAUAUGCCGUUUCUUGACUUCCGUGCUCAAGUUGCAGAUGCCCUCAUCAAGGUUGGAAAACAGGCUGACUUGAACUGCAGGAAAAGAGGACGAUCGUCAUUCGAAGAUGCUCCAGAACUCUAUCAAGAUGCCCCACCUCCACCUCCCCUUCAGAGAAUCAUUGCGCCAUGGGAUGUCGUCAGACUAGACAGAUUCGAUCAUUUUCCCAUCCAUGCUGAUAAACGUGGGCGAUGCAGACUGUGCAAGAACGGCUACACGCAAACGGCCUGCCUGAAGUGCAAAGUACUUUUAUGCUUUACAAAGGAAAAAAAUUGUUUCUUGGAGUACCACACGAAAAAGUGAUCUAUACCAAGUUGUUUUUUAUUGUUGUUCCUCCACUGUAAAGCACUUUGAAACAUUGUUUUGAAAAGUGGUGUACAAAUAAAGUUAGUGUGCAUGUCA